AUGGCAGCGCCCUAUCCCAGCAGUGCGGGUGGCGGAGAGGUCAAAUGCGGGGCAGGUGGUGGUGGCGUUCCCUGGGACUUUCUGCCUGGGCUCAUGGUCAAGGCCCAGCCAGGACCUUGCCUGCAGGCGCAGCGCAAAGAGAAGUCCCGCAACGCGGCGCGCUCACGGCGCGGGAAGGAAAACCUUGAGUUUUUCGAGCUGGCCAAGCUGCUCCCGCUGCCCGGCGCCAUCUCGAGUCAGCUGGAUAAGGCAUCCAUCGUGCGCCUCAGCGUCACCUACCUCCGUCUGCGCCGUUUCGCCGCGCUCGGGGCGCCACCUUGGGGGCUGCGGGUCACAGGACCGCCAGCUGGUUUAGCCCCAGCCCGCAGGACCUCCAUGGCGCUAGUCUCCAACAUCUUCGAACAACACCUGGGAGGACACAUCUUGCAGUCCCUGGAUGGCUUCGUCUUUGCCUUGAAUCAAGAGGGAAAGUUUCUCUACAUCUCAGAGACAGUCUCCAUCUACCUGGGUCUCUCACAGGUGGAGCUGACGGGCAGCAGCGUCUUUGACUACAUCCAUCCCGGGGAUCACUCCGAGGUGCUGGAGCAACUAGGGCUGCGGGCGCGGACUCCCGGGCCCCCCACACCUUCCUCCAUUUCCUCUUCUUCAUCCUCCUCUUCCUCAUCGCUGGCGGAGACCCCUGAGAUCGAGGCCAGGCCAGCCCAGGUGCCCCCAUCUUCCCGGGUUCAGGAGCGCUCUUUCUUCAUCCGCAUGAAAUCUACCCUCACCAAGCGGGGGCUGCACGUCAAGGCCUCAGGGUACAAGGUCAUCCAUGUGACUGGACGCCUGCGGGCCCGGGCACUGGGUCUGGUGGCGUUGGGCCACACACUGCCCCCGGCCCCUCUGGCGGAGCUGCCACUUCAUGGUCAUAUGAUCGUCUUCCGCCUCAACCUGGGUCUCACCAUCCUUGCUUGUGAGAGCAGAGUCAGCGAUCACAUGGACCUGGGACCAUCAGAACUAGUGGGCCGCAGCUGCUACCAGUUCAUCCACGGCCAAGACGCGGCCAGAAUCCGCCAAAGCCAUUUGGAUCUGCUGGACAAGGGUCAGGUGAUGACGGGUUACUACCGUUGGCUGCAGCGCACUGGGGGCUUUGUAUGGCUCCAAUCUGUGGCCACUGUGGCUGUGAACGGCAAGAACCCGGGGGAGCGUCAUGUGCUCUGGGUCAGCCACGUGCUUAGCCAAGCCGAGGGCAGUCAGACACCUCUGGAUGCCUUCCAGCUUCCGGCCAGUGUGGUCUGUGAGGACCCAUCCAGCCCUGAGCCAGAGCCCACAGAGUCAGAUGCUCCAGUGGACGGGAAGCAGAUUAUACUCCAGGACAAAGAAGAGCCCCCAAAGACCCGGGGCAAACGCAUAAAAGUGGAGCCUGGCCGAGGAGAGCCCAGAGACUCCGAGGACAGUGGGGAUGAGGCCUCAUCCAGCCACCCAGCCCCACCUCAGCCCGAGUUCACAUCUGUCAUCCGGGCGGGCGCCCUGAAGCCAGACGUGGUCCGGCCAUGGGGCCUGGCACUUCCAGGGGAGUCCCCGACAGCUGUGUUCCACGCAGGCUUCCUGCCCCCAACCAUGCGGGGUCUGUGCACACCGGGCACUAUCCGCUACGGCCCUGCAGAGCUGGGGCUCAUGUACCCUCAUCUGCAGAGGCUGGGUCCGGGUCCAGCCCGUCCCGAGGCCUUCUACCCGGCCCUGGGCCUGCCCUACCCCUCACCCAUGGGCACCAGGGGGCAGCAGAAGGGGGACUGA